AUGGCACAUAAAAGUGUGGCAAAAGAUCUUCUUAAUCAAAGAGAUGAACUGGAUUCAAAAAUAAAUGAAUUAUUACUAGUUUUGGAAGUUGUAAGUUUUUUUCUAGCCUGAACUAGACCAAAUUCAUUCAAUAUUCCAGAAUAAAUCAACAAUGGAUUCACCACUUGUAGAUUCUGAAGGAUUUCCAUUGAAUGAUAUUGAUGUUUAUGCUGUUCGACAUGCACGUCACGAUUUGAUUUGUUUGAGAAAUGAUAGAGAACAAUUGACAAAACGAAUUGCAAAUGAAUUGGAAAUUGCACAUUCUGAAAAUACACCAAUCGAAAAAGAAGUUGCAACUGAAAAACCUGUUCAUCGGACAUCGAAUAAUCCAUUUGUCAAAGUUUCAGCAGUUACUGAAAGUUCGCCGGCUGAUGAAGGAGGCAUUAAAAAGGAUGAUCUGAUUCUUCAAUAUGGUUCACUUCAUUUUGAUAAUUUUUCGGAACUCAAACAACUUGCACAAAUUACAAACUCUUCUGAAAAUGUGAGUUAAAUAUACAAUUAAUUUCAAAUUAAUUUUUUUUGUUUUUUUUUUCAGAAAAUAAUUCGUGUAACUGUCCUUCGAUCUGAUCAUCCAAUUCGUCUCGAAAUUCGUCCUCAUAAAUGGUCUGGUCCUGGUCUUCUUGGUUGUAACAUCGUUCCUCUUACCGGUUCAACAAUUUAA